UCGGGCAUUUCUGCUGGUUCGCAUUCAUCACAUCUCCCCAUUCAAAUACAUUUUUGGGGGGUUCGAGACUCGCCGCAAAUGGCGCUGUGCCGCCCGUCCGUUCCUUGCGUUGCGAUGAGGCCCUCAUCCAUUUCGUCCCGCCCUUUUCUCUCCGCGUGUCCCCUUCGAUCACCCCCGCCCCGAUCACAACUUUCCGCCUCGUCGCUCCGCGGCAUGCCACUAGAGAGGCCUUCGAUGCCUUCUCUGCCGAACCUCGCUGCGAGGCUCGGAACCCCGAACCUUCUAGCGAGCCUAAUAACGAGGCAUGGCGGGUGUUCCCUUCCGGCCGUCUCGAUUCAGGCUCGGCAUCCGAACCAAACCCGUCGUUCCAAGUACCGAAGCAGCCUCAGCAGUCAACAAGCUCCUGUACAUCCCGUUUCGAUAAAAGCACAUUCACUACCAUCAUCCAUCCAGUCAGCAACAACCGACCCGUCCGCGCACCUGUCCUCCGCCCACCCUCCCCCCUCCCCUCUCCCCCCCGCGCCCCUCUCCUGCCCUUGCGCCAUCUGCUCCCGCCGCGCACUCAUCUCCGCAUCUCUCCUCCUCUCCGCCUCCGCGCUCCCCGCAAACGCAGCCGACUCCGCCUCUUCAGCCGCUUCCGCCUCCGCGCAGACGGCGGAGGCGGCGCAAGCGGCGCUGGCGGCGAUACGGGGCGGGAAAUGGCGGUGGCAGGAGGAGCUGUUCGCGUGGAUGAUGGCGACCGGGAUGAAAGAGUACGAGGAGAGCGUGGAGGGGUAUAAGACAGCCCUGUUCGAGCCUCUUAGGGCGGGAAUUGGAAGAAUAGCAGCAGCAGGAGGAGCGGGAGGAGGGGGAGGGGGAGGAGGAGAAAGUUCAGCAGAGGGGAUGGGAGUUUCUGGGAAGGAAGGGGUUUUCAGAGUGGUGGAGAUCGGUGUGGGAGCAGGCCCCAACUUCCGCUUCUACACCCCGAGUUCAGAAUCUUCUCCAAAUAUUUCAUCCUCGUUACAGACACAAUCCGCUCCAGCUUUUGAGAUAGUGGGUGUAGAUCCGAACCCCUCCAUGCAGCCUUAUGCAGAGGCGUCGGCAGCAGCAUCAGGGUUGGCGGGAAAUCAGUUCCGAUUCCUGCAAGGGGUGGGGGAAGCUCUCCCAUUGGACGACGGAUGUGCUGACGUGGCAGUGUGCUCCCUGGUGAUGUGCUCGGUUGCUGACGUCAGGCAGUGCGUCAGCGAAAUCAAAAGGAUCCUCAAGCCUGGGGGGAGCUACUACUUCCUGGAGCAUGUAGCAGCGCCGCGCGGCACCGCUCUGCACCGCUGGCAGACCAUCCUAGACCCCCUACAGCCCCUCCUAUACGACGGGUGCCACAUCACGCGCGAUCCCCUGCCAGCCAUCAAGCUGUCUGGCUUCGCUGCAGUGCAAGCCAGGGAGGUCAUGCUGCCAGGCCUGUGGCUCAUCAGCCCUCACGUGAUUGGCCGAGCCGACAAGGCGUUGUGUUUCUAACCUUUUUCUAAUGGAGGACGGUGGUUAAAGGUGCCUGAGACUGCAGUGCAAGCCAGGGAGGUCAUGCUGCCAGGCCUGUGGCUCGUCAGCCCUCAAGUGAUUGGCCGAGCGGACAAGGCAUUGUGAUAUGAGGCAAGGCGUGUGCUGCAAUAAAAGCAAGCUGCGGAGCGGGAGUUGGAGAAAACUUGGGUGGGAAAAAUAACCAGAAAGCACCAUUCGUGACAGACACGAGACACCUGCAUCCUGUUUCGUCUCCUAUCUCUACCCCUUCUUCCCCCUUCUUAUCCGUUUUAUGGUGUUUUCAACCGCCCAGCUACUACUUCCUGGAGCACGUGGCAGCACCGCAGGGCACCUCUCUGCACACCUGGCAGCGAAUACUCGACCCCCUACAGGCGGCACUGGCUGAUGGGUGCCACCUCACUCGCAGCCCGCUCACUGCCAUCAAGCUGUCGGGGUUUGGAGCAGUGCAAGCCAGGGAGGUGAUGGUGCCGGGACUGUCCCUGCUAGCACCGCAUGUCAUGGGCACGGCGGUGAAGGCUUGAAGAACAUUGCUUUAGGUAGCAUGGGCACGGCUGUCAGGGCUUGUGGGCAGAUGGAUCACAGGUGCCAUCAAGCUGUCGGGUUUUGGGGCGGUGCAAGCCAGGGAGGUGAUGGUGCCGGGGCUUUCCCUGCUAGCACCGCAUGUUGUGGGCACGGCUGUGAAGGCUUCAUCGCCUGCUGUUUUGUUUUUCACAGCGUGGUGGUGGGCCAUGGCAGUAGAGUACUUCGACCUGUGUUGAAUGCUGUAGAGGUGAACCAUGAUCUAGAGUUGGUGGAACCACGAGCAAAGUCAGCGGAAGACGUUACACCUUGUAUUGGAAAUGUCCAAAAUGACAGGGAUGAUAAUCAUGGAUAAUACCGGUACGUCUACGAAGUACUUAUUCGGAUGUACCUGUUCAUAGUG